ACGGAGUUAAACAUCUUGGACUUGACCAAAAAAAACAAAAAAACAAAACACACACACCUCGGCUGUUCGAUGAGCUUCGGGCUGUUCUGUGAUUGGGAUUUGCCUUGGAUUUUUACCGCUUAUCGGCGUGGAGAAGAUGACGAAAUGUGAAGCAAACAGCGCCAGAGAAAGUGUGCCUUGUUUGGAGCCGAACGGGUGUGUGUGCCACAACAUAAAAGUCUGAGGAGGCCAGCAGCAGCAGCAGCAGCAGCCUAUAGCGCCACUUAGCUAGUCGGCUAACGUUACAGGUGUUCAGAGAGCGGACAACCAAAUGUAGCUGUAGUUAGCUGGAAACAGGUUGGGCUCCCAUGCUGUGACUCUUCAGUGAAGUAAAUGUGCCUGAUAUUAGCUUUUUUUUACUCGACGCCAAGUAGCACGUCUAACACUUAGUAACAUUGUUGUUAGCCAGUUAGCUUUUGCGUAGCCGCUGUCCCGUGUUUACAGUAGCGGGCUAGUCUCUGUCAAGCUAGCGAGUUAACUUUACAUGUGCUUUUUUCGUCCCUUCUAUGUAGCUUAUUCGCUGUUUAAUCUGACACGACCCCAGAUUGCAAGUCAGGUUUCGUGAUACUUUUCAUAUUUGCAAGCGAGCCACUUUGACUUUUCCACGGUGCCUGCUCUGGACUGACCCACCCACAAGGACUCUCUAUCCGGGGCCGAUGCUGACAGAUCAGCCUGGAUCACGGCAACAGGAGCCGCUACAGCAAUGCAGCCCCAGCAAAUAUACGACUUUUCAAGUGACGAAAACAGUCACAAAUGGAGAGGCCUCUUCGUGCAAGCUUUACGAAAGGUACAAAAGCAGGUCCACCCGAACCUCUUGGCGAAGGAGGAUGCGCUCCAGCACAUUGAGGAGCUGAUCCUGCAGCUGCUCAAUAUACUGUGUGUGGCCCAGCCUCGUUCUGUGCAGGAUGUUGAGGAACGUGUACAGAAAACUUUUCCACACCCAAUAGAUAAGUGGGCCAUUGCUGAUGCCCAGUCAGCUAUUGAGAAACGCAAGAGGAGGAAUCCCUUACUUCUCCCUGUAGACAAGAUACACCCUUUGCUUAAGGAGGUUUUGGGUUAUAAAGUGGACUACCAUGUUUCCCUGUAUAUUGUAGCAGUGCUUGAAUACAUAUCAGCAGACAUACUGAAACUGGCAGGCAACUAUGUUGGCAACAUUCGGCACUAUGAAAUCAGCCAGCAGGACAUCAAGGUGUCAAUGUGCGCUGACAAAGUUUUGAUGGACAUGUUUGACCAGGAGGAGGACAUUGGCCUCAUGUCACAAUGUACAGAGGAGCCAUCAUCCUCUGGGGAGCUCACGUACGAUGAUCUGGUGAGGCUUGAAAUUGCAGAAGAGCGCCAGUACCUUCGAGAGCUAGACCUCAUUAUCAAAGUGUUCCGCCAUCACUUCCUCUCCAACUCCAAAAUCUUCAUACCUCAGGAUGUGGAGGUGAUCUUCAGCAACAUCCUGGACAUCCAUGAGCUGACUGUGAAGCUGCUUGGACUGAUCGAGGAUGCUGUGGAGAUGACCGCUGACGGCAGUCCUCAUCCACUGGUUGGCAGCUGCUUUGAAGAUCUUGCAGAGGAGCAGGCGUUUGACCCGUAUGAAACCCUUUCUCAGGAUAUCCUCAGCAGGGAGUUCCAUGAGCACUUCAACAACUUGAUGUCUCGACCAACUGUUGGCCUUUACUUCCAGUCAGUUGCAGAAGGCUUCAAAGAAGCAGUCCAGUAUGUCCUUCCCCAGCUGAUGAUGGUCCCAGUCUACCACUGUAUGCACUACUUUGAGCUGCUACAGCAACUGCAGGAGCGCAGUGAGGACCAAGAUGACAGAGAAUGUCUGAAGCAGGCAAUCACAGCACUGCUUAACCUUCAGUGUAGCGUGGAACGCAUCUAUGCCAAGCACCAGCCUCGUCGUAAGCCCGGCGAGCCCAUGUACCGCCUGUACAGCAGGCAAGUCCGUAGCAAGCAACUAGCCAUCAAACGCAUGAGCGAGAUCCAGAAAAGCAUCGAUGGCUGGGAGGGAAAAGAUAUCGGUCAGUGCUGCAGCGAGUUCAUUCUGGAAGGGCCACUAUUACGAGCGGGCGCCAAGCAUGAACGACACAACUUCCUCUUUGAUGGCCUGAUGAUCAGCUGCAAAGCCAAUCAAAGUUCACGCCUCACGGGGUCGGGGAGUGGGGCAGAGUACCGUCUGAAGGAAAAGUUUGUGCUGAGAAAGAUUCGCAUUGUGGACCGUGAUGACUCUCUGGAGUUCAGGCAUGCCUUUGAUCUGAUUGGCAAGGAUGAAAACUGCGCAGUGUUUUGUGCACGUUCUGCAGAAGAGAAAGCAGCGUGGAUGGCAGCGCUGGUCACUCUGCAGUAUCGCUCUACAUUGGAUCGCAUGUUAGAUACAGUACUGCACAAUGAGGAACGGACCCAUCCUCUAAGACUGCCUUCCCCAGAUAUUUACCGCUUUGCUGAGCAGGACUCUGAAGAAAAUAUAGUGUUUGAGGAUAAAGUGCAGAGUAAAACGGGAAUCCCCAUCCUUAAGGCCGGCACCGUAGUCAAACUCAUAGAGAGGCUCACCUACCAUAUGUAUGCUGAUCCCAACUUUGUACGGACAUUUCUUACCACAUACCGAUCCUUCUGCAAACCACAGGAGCUCCUAAGCCUUCUGAUAGACAGGAUUGAGAUACCAGAGCCAGAGCCAACAGACGAAGACCAACAGGCCCUCUGGAAUGGGGAUCAACUGAUGGCAGCAGAACUCCAGAGAUUCCGGAAGGAAUAUGUGCAGCCAGUUCAACUCAGGGUUCUCAAUGUUUUCCGUCAAUGGGUGGAACAUCAUUUCUACGAUUUUGAGAAUGAUCCAGAGUUAAGAAGUCGAUUAGAGGAGUACAUUACCAGCAAAAUUCAACUCCGAGGGAAGUCCAUGAAAAAGUGGGUGGAGUCCAUCAAUAAGAUCAUUAAGAGGAAGCUGCAGACACAGUCUAAUGGCGUCAGUCACAACAUUACCUUUGAGAGCCCACCUCCUCUCAUUGAAUGGCACAUCAGCAAGGCGGGCCAAGUGGACACCUUUGACCUUAUGACCCUUCACCCCAUAGAAAUUGCCCGACAGCUGACUUUGCUUGAAUCAGAACUCUACAGAGCUGUCCGACCAUCUGAGCUAGUUGGCAGUGUUUGGACCAAAGAAGACAAAGAGAAGAACUCGCCCAACUUGCUUCGCAUGAUCCGCCACACCACCAACCUCACACUGUGGUUUGAAAAGUGUAUCGUAGAAGCAGAGAACCUGGAGGAGCGGGUGGCAGUGUUCACACGGAUCAUUGAGAUUCUGCAGGUUUUCCAGGAACUCAACAACUUCAAUGGUGUGCUAGAGGUGGUUAGUGCCAUCAACUCUGUCCCAGUCUACAGGCUUGACCACACCUUUGAGGCAGUACCAGAGAGAAAAAAGAAAAUCUUGGAAGAAGCUGUAGAACUGAGCCAGGACCAUUUUAAGAAAUACUUGGCUAAACUCAAGUCAAUAAACCCACCCUGUGUGCCUUUUUUUGGUAUAUACUUAACGAACAUCCUGAAGACUGAGGAAGGCAACCCAGAUUUCCUCAGUCGUGACGGCAAGGAGCUGAUUAACUUUAGCAAGAGGAGGAAAGUGGCUGAAAUCACAGGAGAGAUCCAGCAGUAUCAGAACCAGCCUUAUUGUCUAAAGGUGGAGCAUGACAUCAGGAGGUUCUUUGAGAACCUGAACCCGAUGGGCAACAUGACUGAGAAGCAGUUUUCUGACUACCUGUUCAACAAGUCUCAGGAUAUCGAGCCAAGGAACUGCAAGCAGCCUCCCCGAUUUGCCAGGAAGACCAUUUACACUCUCAAAUCCCCGGGGAUCCGGCCUGUGCGCAUGUCUACCUCGGGUACCAUGAAGGGCCAUCCUGUCCCCCUAGAGCGGGAGCCCCCCCAUAAAAUAACUUUCCGGAGUAUCGCUGAGACUGAGCCGGAGACGCCAGCAUCUGCCUCGGUGCCCACGUCUCCAAACACGCCCACCCCUCCACAGUCGGCGUCUUCCGACCUCAGCUCAGUUUUCGCGGAACACGACCUCAGCAGCUCCUACAGCGGCAAUAACUCCAUAUUUGCUCCUGUUGUCCUGCCGCAUUCAAAGCACCAGUCUGCCUCAUGUGGCAGCCUCCACCAGCUUGGAGAGGAGCCACUGAAGCCGCCACCUCUGCCACCACGGAGAAAGGACACAACGUCUGAAGCCAAACUGAGUUCCAGGUCUGACAGCCCCCCAGCCAUCCCUCCAAGGCUGCCCCCUCCUCUGCCAAGGAACCAGCCUCGACCGCCAGUCUACAACGGCCCGAGCGAUGGCCCCCUGCCGAGCCCACCGCCUCCACCUCCCCGUGACCCUCUGCCUGACACACCACCGCCUGUGCCGCAGCGCCCCCCCGAGAUCUUCAUCAACUACCCGCUCAACCUGCAGCCAUCUCCUGUGGGCCGCUACCACUGGGACUUUGGCAGCUCUCCGAGCUCGCCUAACACCCCGCCCAGUACGCCAUCGCCCCGAAUUCCCAGGCGUAGCUGCCCACUCAGUGCCAGCCAAAACAGUCUGUACCCAUUGCCUAUACCCAUCACAGCGCCACCUGUCCCACCCCGCCAUAACUCCAGCCCACAGCUCCCUAAACUCCCACCAAAGACAUAUAAAAGGGACCUGUCGCAGCCCCCGUUACAAGGCCUCUCAUUGGUGGAAAACACAGACAGUAGUCACUGAGUCAGCCUCGUCCUCACCUUCUUUUUUUUGUUUGUUUUUGUACACAAAUGCAAACUGCAGCCUGUGUUCCGCAAACUAUGAGCUCGCUGAGCAAAUACAGUGGAUAGUCAUGAUCAAUGCUACUGAUCAGAAACAACACUUCUGUCACAGC